AUGGCGGAGGCGGAGGGUACAGUGGUGGAGCCGGUGGGCACGGCGGCGGAGGCGGCGGACAUGGCAGCAGCGGACAUGGAGACGGCGGACACGGCAGCAGCGGACACGGUGGUGGCGGACACCUACUCCGCGCCGAGCGAGCCACAGAGCUACGAUGCGCCGGCCGCGCCGCAACAGAGCUACGACGCGCCGCAGCCGCAGCAGAGCUACGACGCGCCGCAGGCGCAGGCGUACGAGGCUCCGGCGAAGCCCGAGCAGGCGUACGAGCCGGCGCCGGCACACCAGGUGGCCGAGCAGUACGGCGCGCCCGAAGCGCAGGCGCAGGUGAGCUACCAGGCGCCGGCCGCGCCCGGCGACGACUACGGUGUGGCCCGCGCCGGCGGCUGA